AUGACAAUUACUAAUGAUGGUAUGGUCCGAUAUCAAAAUAAAUGUGAAACUAUGGAGACGAAGGCCAGUUCAAAAUCCCAAUACACGAUUGGCAGCAGUGACUUUAUACGUAAGUAAAAUUUUAUGAUAAUAUUAAAAAUUAAUAAUGAAUAGAAAAACGAAUAAAAAAAUAUAUAAUAUGUUCGUGUGGUGUGAAUAUUGUGCAUAACAAUUAUAUUAUUAGAAUAUUAUUACAUACCUAGAGUAUAAGGCUCUGACUACAAUGCAUUUUCCAAUAUAAUAUUGGGUAUUUGAUUUUGUAAAAAUAUUUAAAAAAAAAAAUUGUUAAAUUAUUAUGCGGUGUUUUAUACGUAGUCAUCGACGAAAUCGAAGAAAAGCCCAAGAAAAACGUAAAGCAACAAUUUAAAGACUUUUCGUCGUGCGUAAACAGCAGUACACAAUCAGUGUUUUCGUACAAAACGGUCGCCAAGAGAUUGCCGAUUUUGCAAUGGUUGCCGAAUUACACGACGGAAGACGGUAUAGGCGACCUCCUGGCCGGCAUUACCGUGGGUCUGACGCUCAUACCGCAAUCCAUGGCUUAUGCCACGUUGGCCGCCCUACCGCCACAAGUAAAUAUCGCUUUUAUUGUAUUUUUAUAUAGGUACCUAUUACAACUCCAACGUUGUCCAUUACUCAAAUAAUUAUUGUCAAAACGACCGAGUCUGUAGAUAUGUUUAAGGUGUAUCGAUUAUCGAUUUAUCUAACGAUUUAUCUAACUGUAGGACGAUCAAUUUCCCGAGGGAAAUCAUUUAAAAACAUUUUUGCCGGUCUUGGCUGAAUUCUCCCGGACACUGGCCCUGUAGCCAUUUAUUUAUGUCGAUAUUAUUCGACCGUUUUCAGCAUGGCCUUUACGGUUCGUUUAUCGGAAGUUUAAUGUACGUCGUACUCGGCACCUGUAAGGAAGUACCCAUGGGGCCGACGGCGAUCGUAUCGCUCAUGACCUACAACACGCUCCGCGGACUCGGUGCCGAUUACGGUACGCUGCUGUGCUUUUUGUCGGGAAUCAUCCAACUGACGAUAGGCACAAUAGGACUGGGUAACCCUCUGACAAUAAUAAGAUCGCUACAUUUAUGUAUUACAAAUUGAACAAAACACAAACAUUUCGCACAGGUUUCUUGAUCGAUUUCAUUUCCGGGCCGGUCAAUUCGGGAUUCACGUCAGCCGUCGCCAUACUCAUCGUCACGUCGCAAAUAAAAGAUUUAAUCGGAAUCAAAGCCGUCGGAACCACAAUGGUGGAUAUGGUUUCGUCGAUAUCCAAAGACGCGCACAAUUUCAAGUGGGGCGACACGUUGUUCGGGAUAGCUUGCAUCGCAGUGAUUCUUUCAUUAAGAGUAAGCGAAUAUAUCUAAACGAUCCGGUGAUACUCCCGCGCUUCGAAUGAGAAUUAUCGAUUUAUUAACUAAUAUAUAAUAUUAUUACUAUCUCGUGUCCGUGCGAAAUUCAAGCGAGUCGCUCUGUGUCAAAUCGGUCCGGCGAACGAAAACGAACGGACACAAAUGCAGAGGAUCGUGAACCGGUCGAUGUGGAUGAUCGGUACGUUUCGGAACUCGAUAGUGGUAAUCGUUAGCGGUUACGUGAGCUAUUUGUAUAUACAUGGCAACGGAUACAUGGACACAUACGACAUGGACGAUUUGGAUAGUCUACGCGAGCAGUUACCGUUCCACGUGAUCGGUACGUAAUACCUACUGCGAACAUAGCAAAGAGAUCUAUUCAAUUGCGGCUUUCGGAUGUAUCGCUAUCAAGUAUUAUUUAAACAAUUUUUUAUUUUUCAUAUAUUUCAGGUCGUAUUCCCGCGGGCUUGCCGAGUUUCGAUCCACCAAAAUUUAGCCUCCCUUAUAAUGUCACGAACGGCACAGCUACAGUUAAUAUGCUGGGACUGUUUGAAAUCAUCUCGAAAAUAGGUUCCGGAGUAAUAGUGUUACCGAUAAUAGCGUUGAUAGAGAACAUUUCUAUAUGCAAAACGUUCGGUCAGUAAAAUAUUAAUAUACGUGUAGUAUACCUACCAAGGGCGCACUUAUAACCCAUUAUCGCGCAAAUAACCAAAAUACGCGCGGGACAAAACCGCAGUACAAAUAUUUUACAGUUUAAAAUUCAACAAAUAAAAUAUGUUUAAAAUGUUUACGAAUAAUCGUGGAAAUAGUUCCGUUCAUUUCACCAUCUAUAAUUGUCGUUAUUUUAGUACCGAAAAAAAUUGUUUGGCGAUGUGUUGAAAGAAAUGCAGUAAAACUAUUAUCACCAACAAUGAAAAAACGUAUAAAGAUGAACAAUUUUUAAUAUUAAAUUCUGAGUGUAGCGAAGAGUGUAUUGGUUUUACAAAGAUGUUUAUUUUUGUUUUAUGUGAAAACUUUUUCUACCAGAAAGCUUACUCCUAUAUAUACGAUGUAACUCUUUACUGAAAAAUAAUUUUCUUUCAGUAGUACUUUAAAGAGGUCAUUUUUUGGUUUUCCGGGUAGUUUUACCAAUUAAAAGAAAAAAGUGAGAACAACGGGAAAUUGUAUGAAAUAUAUUAGUAAAAUAUUAUGAUUUAUUUUUUUCUGUGGACAACUUUUCUACCAGCAAUUUCGCUCCAAUUUAAAAUAAAAGCACCUUUUCUAAAAGUAAAUCUGAAUGGGAAGGUACUUUGAAGAAGUCAUUUUUUGAUUUCCCGGCAAAUAUGAAAAACUGGAAGAAACAAGAGAAAACUGGGGAAAAGUAGGAAAAACGAGCAAAUCGGUAUUACAGAAAUAUUAUUAAAGUAAAUAUAUAACAUUUAUUUAAUUAUUUUACCUAUGAUAUGUAUAUUGUUGACAAAAUAUCACUAUCAACUGAACUCCAUUCAAAAUCGUUUUUAGUAAGCAAUGGUUUAUCGUUGUUUACAGAUACAAAUUAAUUUCCCCUCUAUAUCCUACUUUCCCAAUUUCCCACUAAUAACAGUGGCUGAAUCCAUCAUGCGAAGUAUGUCCGUCUUUUUAAUCACUGAUCUUACGGAAUUUGAAUUUAAUUCUUUGCGAAAAUAUUGGUUUUAAUAAAUCUGUGUGGUAUCGUACUAUUUUCGUGCGCGGAAUCAGGUUAUGCAUUCUGUGCGGUAUUGGCUCGUGUUUGUGCGGUAAUGGAAAGCGCAGAUCUACUAAUUAUCCAUAACUUUUUACGUUCUGUUGUUUUUUUUUUUCGGUUUUAUAGCUAACGGUAAACCGGUGGACGCUACGCAGGAGUUAUUGGCUGUAGGUCUGUGCAAUAUAGGCAAUUCUUUUUUCCACGCGUACCCCGGUUCGGGUUCUUUUUCCAGGAGCGCCGUGUGCAGUGCCAGCGGAGCACGGACUCCGAUGGAAGGUUUAUACGCCGGUAAGAACGAUCUGACCUCAUGGAACUAAGUAUAGUUGGCAUGAUAUUUGAAAACAUCAAAUUAUCGAUUUGGUAUUAUACAAACAAUAGAGACGUAAAGAGAAUAAAAAAUAUUUGUUUUUCACGAACCUCUAUACUAAACCGUAUUGUUUUUCCGUAUUCGGUUUUUCCUCCAGGAAUCUUGGUCAUCAUAUCGCUAAUGUUUUUUACGACCCACAUGUAUUUCAUACCGAAAGCGUCCCUCGCUGCGAUCAUCGUGGCCGCGGUCAUAUUCAUGGUCGAAGUGCGAGUAGUCAAACCUAUUUACAGAUCGAAAAGUAAACACGCGUAGUCAUACGCCCAUAAUUAAAAUAUCAAAUGCAUUACAAAUUGCAACGUUUCGUUCUCUGAUUUAGAGAGUGAUCUCAUACCGGGUUUGGCGACGUUUUUCGCAUGUUUGAUUUUACCACUGGAAAUCGGUGUUUUGAUCGGGAUCGGAUUGAACCUGGUGUCGAUAUUGUAUCACGCGGCGAGACCGAAACUUAUGAUGGAAGUACACAAGGUAAAUUAGUGCACGUCUGUGGACUUUGAAAACGGCAGUAUAUUAUUAAUUGGGUGGGAAACUUGGAAUUUUUUUCAGACAAGGAACGGAACGAGUUAUUUGAUGAUCACGCCGGACAGAUGCUUGGUUUUCCCGUCGGUAGACUACGUGAGAAACCUGGUGAUGAAACACAGCAUGAAACGCGAUUUGCCGGUGGUCAUCGACUGUUCGCACAUAUAUGGCGCAGACUUUACCGCGGCAAAGGUUUUAUUAAUAAAUAAUAAAAUAAUAAAGUAAAAACAAAAUUAUUUAAAUGGUUAAUACUCGUAAAUAAAUAUAUAUAAAAAAAAUGUACAUACAGAAAUAAAAAAUUAAUUAAUUAAUGAGUGCAUCGCCUGGAGUAUUAUGAUAAGUGAUACGACCGGUUUCGAAUUAAAAAUUCAUCAUCGGGUAUAUCACAGUCAAAAUGUAAAGCACGAAUCUCAUUCAUUCAUUAUAUUUUUAUUUUUUGUUUCCAUAUAUGAAUUUUUUAUUUAUACAUUUAUUUACUAUAUUUUAUUAAUAGUUCUAAAAACUAUUCCGUUGUAUACACAUAAUUUUGGUCUCGAGUAAGGAGGGUUUGAAUCGAAUUUUGUCAUUUUUACAAUCGUUUUGUCUGAUAUAAAUUUUUUUCCUUUUUAUUUUAUGGUUUACAUUGCACAAGUGUACUUAUGUAUUUUGAAUUUUCAACGUUUAAUUCACUUGUAUCGAAAACAUUACGAAAUUGACUUAAGCCCUUUGGACCAAAUUUAUAACAUAUUUAAUAAUUAUAGUUACUGAAAUAUGCGCGUUUUGUUUUUCGAGGUCAUCGAGAUGUUAACGCACGACUUUUCGAAAAGAGGCCAAGCGUUGUUUUUUUACAAUUUGAAACCCAGCGUGGUGGACGUGUUCGAAGGGGUCCAACCGAAAGACUUCAUUACGUACUAUCACAGACACGAUCUGGAUCGGUUGUUCCAAUCCUGGAGGUCAGUUAAGUCGGUUUUAAAACCACCGGGAAUAAACUCUGUAGAAUAAUCGGUGAAACGAUGUUACUGUUUAUUGUCUAUUUAACAGUUUAUUAUAUAUUUUUUAGACAAUCUCGUAUUAACAACGCAGCAAGUCUACCGGCAGUAUAA